AUGGUGCCAGCGGCCAUGGCAGAAAUGGUGGUGGUGGCGAUAGUGAUUCCGGUGGUAACUGAGAUCAUAGUGGUGGCAGCAGGGGUGAGAGUGGUGGUGGAGGUGGUGGCAGCAGUGGCAGCAGUAGUGAUGGCGAUAAUUGUGGUGAUGAUCGAGAUGGUGAUGGUGGUGCUAGUGGCAAUGCUGGAGGCAGCGGUGGUGAGGGUGAUGGGAGAGCUGAUGGGGGGGGUGAUAGACGUGGUGGCGGAGGAGGUGGAGCUGAUGGAAGCGGAUGUGGAGGUGCUGACAGAGGUGAUGAAGGUGAUGGUGGGGAAAGGUGGUGAUGGUGAUAGAGGUGUAGGCGAUGGUAGUGGAAGUGGGGUGAUGGUGGAAGUAGAGGAGAUGGAGGUGGUGGUAGUGGAGGUGGAGGUGGUGGUGAAGGCGAUGGAAGUGAUGGUGGAGAAAGAUGGUUAUGGCGGAGGUGGAGGUGAUGGUGGAGGUGGUGGUGGAGGAAAUGGAGCCACCAACAUGAUGUACUUGCUGCUCAUUGGGGCCCAGGUGCUCCUGGGCAUCGGUGCUACCCCUGUGCAGCCCCUGGGCGUCUCCUACAUCGACGACCACGUGCGGAGGAAGGACUCCUCGCUCUACAUAGGAAUCCUGUUCACGAUGCUGGUAUUUGGACCAGCCUGUGGAUUUAUCCUGGGCUCUUUCUGUACCAAAAUCUAUGUGGAUGCAGUCUUCAUUGACACAAGUAACCUGGACAUCACCCCGGAUGACCCCCGCUGGAUCGGAGCCUGGUGGGGCGGCUUUCUGCUCUGUGGUGCCUUACUCUUCUUCUCUUCCCUCUUGAUGUUCGGGUUUCCACAGUCUCUGCCCCCGCACUCAGACCCUGCCAUGGAGAGCGAGCAGGCCAUGCUCCCCGAAAGAGAGUACGAGAGACCCAAGCCCAGCAACGGGGUCCUGAGGCACCCCCUGGAGCCGGACAGCAGCGCCUCCUGCUUUCAGCAGCUGAAAGUGAUCCCGAAGGUCACCAAGCACCUGCUGUCCAACCCCGUGUUCACCUGCAUCAUCCUGGCCGCCUGCAUGGAGAUUGCAGUGGUGGCUGGCUUUGCCGCCUUCUUGGGGAAGUACCUAGAGCAGCAGUUUAACCUUACCACCUCUUCUGCCAACCAGCUGCUCGGGAUGACUGCAAUUCCAUGUGCCUGUCUGGGGAUCUUCUUGGGUGGUCUCCUGGUAAAGAAGCUCAGUCUUUCCGCCCUCGGGGCCAUUCGGAUGGCCAUGCUCGUCAACCUGGUGUCCACAGCUUGCUAUGUUUCCUUCCUCUUCCUGGGCUGUGACACGGGCCCUGUGGCUGGGGUUACUGUUCCCUAUGGAAACACCUCAGCGCCUGGCGUCGCCCUGGACCCCUACUCACCCUGCAAUAAAAAUUGUGAAUGCCAAACCGAUUCCUUCACUCCCGUGUGUGGGGCAGAUGGCAUCACCUACCUGUCUGCCUGCUUCGCUGGCUGCAACAGCACGAAUCUCACCGGCUGUGCGUGCCUCACGACCGUCCCGGCCGAGAACACAACUGUGGUUCCCGGAAAAUGCCCCAGUCCCGGGUGCCAAGAGGCCUUCCUCACCUUCCUGUGUGUGAUGUGUGUCUGCAGUAUGAUCGGGGCAAUGGCGCAGACACCCUCAGUCAUCAUCCUUAUCAGGACAGUCAGCCCUGAACUCAAGUCUUACGCCCUGGGAGUCCUGUUCCUCCUCCUCCGUUUGUUGGGCUUCAUCCCCCCUCCCCUCAUCUUUGGGGCCGGCAUCGACUCCACCUGCCUCUUCUGGAGCACGUUCUGCGGGGAGCAAGGCGCCUGCGUCCUGUACGACAACGUGGCCUACAGAUACCUGUACGUCAGCAUCGCCAUCGUGCUCAAGUCCUCUGCCUUCGUCCUCUACACAACCACGUGGCAGUGCCUGAGGAAAAACUAUAAACGCUACAUCAAAAACCACGAGGGCGGGCUGAGCACCAGUGAGUUCUUUGCCUCUACUCUGACCCUAGACAAUCUGGGGAGGGACCCUGUGCCCGCCAGCCAGACCCAUAGGACAAAAUUUAUCUAUAACCUUGAAGACCAUGAGUGGUGUGAAAACAUGGAAUCUGUUUUAUAG